AAGGGGUCCAUACACCUUUUUCGGAAGACACAGCGCUCCCUGCUUGGCAAAGUAAUGCAGGAGUUACGUCUAGUGACUGCAGACCGCAGAUCAUGGAAGAUUUUGCUGUUUGGUGCUAUCAAUGUGGUUUGCACAGGAUUCUUACUCACGUGGUGCAAUUCUACAAACAGUAUGGCCCUUACUGCUUACACCUAUUUGACAAUCUUUGACCUCUUCAGUUUAAUAACAUGUUUGAUAAGUUAUUGGGUAAUGAUGAAAAAACACAGUCCCACUUAUUCCUUUGGGUUUGAACGAUUUGAAGUGCUUGCAGUUUUUGCCUCUACUGUUUUGGCCCAGCUGGGUGCACUGUUUAUAUUAAAAGAAAGUGCUGAAAGAUUUCUGGAACAGCCAGAGAUACACACAGGCCGUCUGCUGGUGGGGACUUUUGUGGCUCUGUUUUUCAAUCUGUUUACCAUGCUAUCUAUUAGAAAUAAACCAUUUAGUUAUGUUUCAGAAGCUGCAAGCACAAGUUGGCUUCAGGAACAUGUAGCUGAUCUGAGUCGAAGUUUAUGUGGUAUUAUCCCUGGGCUGAGUAGUAUCUUCCUACCUCGGAUGAAUCCUUUUGUGUUAAUUGACAUUGCUGGAGCACUAGCACUUUGCAUUACUUACAUGUUGAUUGAAAUUAACAACUAUUUUGCCAUGGAUACUGCAUCAGCUGUUGCCAUUGCUGUGAUGACAUUUGGUACAAUGUAUCCAAUGAGUGUUUACAGUGGCAAAGUUCUGCUCCAGGUAAGUGUAGGUAGGUGA